AUGCCGCCGCUUACCCGAGAAUACGACAUCACCGUCCUGGGUGCAACCGGUUGGACAGCCGCCAUUUGCGCCGAGCACAUCACCCGAACCUUCCCCACGACCCUCAAAUGGUGUCUAGCCGGUCGCUCACGAUCCAAAUUGUUAUCCCUUUCAGACCAUCUCCGAGCCCUCAACCCCGACCGUCUUGCGCCAGUCAUCCACACCAUCCCCGAACUGACCGCUGAACAACUCAAUCCCCUGGCGCAGCAAACCAAAAUUCUCAUCAACGGCAUCGGACCCUACCACGCCUACUCGACCCCCGUUGUCGCGGCUUGUGCUAGCAGCGGCACGCAUUACGUCGACUUUAGCACCGAGACGCCUUGGAUUGUCGAUAUGGUGAAAUCAUACGACUCCAUAGCCAAAGGCAGCGGCGCCAUCAUCAUCCCCGCUAUCUCCAACUGCAGCUCACCGUCUGACCUGGUCGCCUGGAUGCUAGCCACAUGGGUCAAGGGGAACCAGCCGCCGGGUGAAACGAUCAACCACGUUCUCUGUUCCGGCAGGCUCACCAUGCUGGGCAUGCAGGGCGGUUCAUUGAUGACCCUGCUCGGCGUGGCUGAAAAAUACGGUAUUGGACAGUAUAAUUCAGGCGAUGCUUGGGCCAUGUCUUCACAACAAAGGCCUCAGAAGCACGUUUCCUGGCCGAGUCAACGACUCACCGGCUAUCUUUACGACGAUACCCUCGGACACCUCACCACGUCCAUCGUCGCCGGCUCCAACGAAGCAGUGGUUCAGCGUUCGGCUGGACUGAAGCCUGAUCUCUACGGUCCCGACUUCACCUUCCGGGAGUACCAGCCGGCAUCGGGGAUGAUGGGCGCCAUUCUGGUACACAUUCUUACCAAACUCGGGAUCCUGCUCCUAGCUACUCCAUGGUUUCGAGCAUUCCUCCGCUGGUUCUCCUACGAGCCCGGAUCUGGUCCCGAUCGCGAGACGAGUAGAAAGAAAGAGCGCAUGGACUUCAGCGCAAUAGGUUUCUUGAAAGGGCAUCGGAAACCGGUGGCAGCGGCUCGAUUUACUUACAACGGUGCUCUAGUGGAUAUCAGUGCCAUUCUUGCGGUUGAGGCCGCAGGCACCUUGCUCGAGUUGAACUUGGAUAGUAAUUCAUCGCCACUGAGACCCCGCGGGAUGUGCACGCCCUCAACCCUUGGGAUGCCUUUCGUCGAGAGACUGAGACAGGUAGGAGUUGAGAUACUGGUUGAGCCUAUAUUUCCAACUGUCAAUGCAGAGAGGUGGACUACGUAA